ACCCAACUGCAUCGAGAUCCUCGACUGAGUCCCAGCUCCUGCAUGCGACACUACCAGGCGAACUCCGGCCAACUCCGAGAGAGAGCAGGACCAUCCUGCUGGAGAAACGGGAGUCCCAGGGGCCCCUGGAAAAAUGGAAAAGCUGACCCUGCCAUCUGGAAGGAUGGAAUUCCUUCAGUGCCGCAGGGGCCGGGGCCGCCCAUCGCCCGGCCCAGCUGCCGCAGCAGCCUGCGUGGGAGGACAGCCACAGGCCAGAGGGAAGCCGGAGUCCCCAUGGAGUUGGAUGGAGGCCUCCUUCCCACCGGCUCCAAUGACAGCAACACUUCCGACCCCUCGGACAACCUCACCCUGGGCCUGCCACCACUGCGCCCGCGGAGGGUCUCUUACGUGACCAUCAUCAUGCCCUCGGUGUUCGGCAUCAUCUGCCUGCUGGGCAUCGUCGGGAACUCCAUGGUCAUCUUCACCGUGGUGAAGAAGUCCAAGUUUCACCGGUGCAGCAACGUCCCCGACAUCUUCAUCAUCAACCUGUCGGUCGUGGACCUGCUGUUCCUGCUGGGGAUGCCCUUCCUGAUCCACCAGCUCAUGGGCAACGGCGUCUGGCACUUUGGCGAGACCAUGUGCACCCUCAUCACCGCCAUGGACGCCAACAGCCAGUUCACCAGCACCUACAUCCUCACCGCGAUGGCCAUCGACCGCUACCUGGCCACCGUCCACCCCAUCUCCUCCACCAGGUUCAGGAAGCCGUCGGUGGCCACCUCGGUGAUCUGCCUCCUGUGGGCGCUCUCCUUCGUCAGCAUCACCCCCGUGUGGCUCUACGCCAGGCUCAUUCCCUUCCCCGGCGGCACCUGGGGCUGCGGCAUGAGCUUGCCCAACCCGGAGACCGACCUUUACUGGUUCACCCUCUACCAGUUCUUCCUGGCCUUCGCCCUGCCCUUCACGGUCAUCACGGCCGCCUACGCCCGCAUCCUGCAGCGGAUGACCUCGACGGUGGCCCCCGCCUCCCAGCGCAGCGUCCGGCUGCGGGCCAAGAGGGUGACCCGCACGGCCAUCGCCAUCUGCCUGGUCUUCUUCGUCUGCUGGGCCCCGUACUACGUGCUGCAGCUGACCCAGCUGUCCGACAGCCGGCCCACGCUCACCUUCUACUACCUGUACAACGCCGCCAUCAGCCUGGGCUACGCCAACAGCUGCCUCAACCCCUUCGUCUACAUCGUCCUCUGCGAGACCUUCCGCAAACGCCUGGUCCUCUCCGUCAAGCCGGCCGCCCCCGGGCAGCUCAGGCCGGUGAGUGCCACCCGCACGGCGGCGGACGAGAGGACAGACAGCAAAGGUUCCUGACCUCAGGAGGGGCCCGGGGGAGGGCUCCGGGGACCACCCACCUUGGAGAAGUCACACCGUGCUGAGAAGGAUUCGGAGGGCAGCCUUAGCGAGGAUGAGAGCUUGCAGGAGGGAACUGAAAGAGGAGGAGGAGGAGGGAGGUGAGGGAUUUCAAUGCCUACGCUGCGUUUCUGGGACCUGGCUCCAGACCCCGGGAUUGGGGGGUUUGAGCAUUAUAAUGUACACUGCACCUGCGGAAGAGAGGCCACUCAAAAGGGAGGCCGGAGGGCUGGUGGGCAGGGGGAAGGGUUGGGGAAAAGCUAAUGAAGAGCAAUGGAAAGAGAUUGAACAACUCAAGCCUAGUCGGAGGCCUAAAUGCCCCAAAUCGUUGGAUGGUUGGACAGAAUUUUCCCCGAAGAAAGGGGUGGGAGGCCCACGUCUGAGGAGAUUUGAAAUCCAGAUGGGGCCGAAGCCCAGUUCCGACAAGGUCGGGCUCCACCGUGCCCAGCCUGGGGCUCCGGGCCCGGGAGGGGCCUUUUCCCUCUCUCUGCCAGGAUCCCCUGGGUAGCCUUUCUCCUAAACGGUGGGGAAUAAGCAGGAAAGCAUCAAGCACGCCGGCUCCCUGCAUUCUGCAUGCCGCUUCCGUCUGCUCCCCUCUCCCGGGAGCCAAUGAAUCCCCACAUCCCACCUCCCCGUGCCUCUGCGGGGAAGGGCAAAGCCGCUCAAAGGCUGUGGUCAAGGAGGAGACCCAACCUGGGGUCUGGGCUUUAGUGUGGAUACCCAGAACUGAGAAAACAGGGCCCUGAGCUUUGGCUAUUCCCUCGGGGAGGCGGGGUGCCCUUGAGGGGUUGGAGCCCCAGGCUGCCGUUCAAGGGGGGGAAAGAACACAAGGCCCCUUUGCGCCCCGAGAGGCAUCACAUUUGACGCUGGACUUGCGUCAGGAAUCCUGAUCUGCCCGGCAGCAGUUUCCCAUCUUCCCAUCUGCUUCCCAGCCCCCUUCCCUGCCAGGUGUUGAGGCGAGGCUUACUGACCCCGUGGGCGGAGUUCGGGGAUGGGGAGGACUUGCUUCAUGGGCCCCUGGGGCUGGAUCCAGUUAGACUCUGGGAGGCAGGAAUGGGCCUUUCCGGGAAUGCUGCCCACAGGGGUCAGGAGGAUGGUGGGGGUGCGAAGGACAGGAGGGAAGAGGAGGAGGUGGAGA